AUGUUGCCCGUUAGAAUAUUAAAAGAUGAUGCGCAAGAAGAGCGUGGUGAAACCGCUCGAAUGUCAUCAUUUAUUGGUGCUAUUGCUAUUGGUGAUCUUGUUAAAACAACGCUUGGGCCUAAAGGAAUGGAUAAAAUACUUAUAAGUGGUGAUGGUGAAAAUCAAAAAAUUAAUGUUACGAAUGAUGGCGCAACUAUCCUAAAAUCAGUUGGAGUGGAUAAUCCAGCUGCAAAAGUUCUUGUCGAAAUUUCGAUGAUACAAGAUAGUGAAGUUGGUGAUGGCACGACAUCCGUUGCUGUUUUAGCUGCUGAACUUCUUAGAGAAGCUGAAAGAUUGAUUGAGAUGCGUAUUCAUCCUCAAACUAUCAUAGCUGGGUAUAGAAAGGCGCUAAAAAUAGCGCAAGAAGCAUUAGUUUCCUCAGCAACACUCUCUGAUAAUCUUCAUGAAGAUUUAACCAAGAUUGCCCGCACAACGCUUGGUUCUAAAAUACUUGCGCAAUAUAAAGAUUAUUUCUCUAAAUUGGCUGUUGAUGCGGUUUUGCGAUUGAAAGGGUCCGGUACUUUAGAAGCAAUUCAAAUCAUCAAAAAGCUUGGCGGUUCAAUGAGUGAUAGUUAUUUAGAUUCAGGUUUCUUGUUGGAAAAAGCACCUGGAAUGUAUCAACCAAAACGAGUAGAAAAUGCGAAAAUACUUAUUGCAAAUACUCCUAUGGAUACUGACAAGGUGAAAGUUUUUGGAUCUAGAGUACAAGUUGAUUCCGUUGCCAAAGUUGCUGAAUUAGAAUUAGCUGAAAAGCAAAAAAUGAAAGAAAAGGUUGCAAAAAUAGUGGCUCACAAUAUUAAUGUAUUUAUCAACCGUCAACUCAUUUACAAUUAUCCUGAACAGUUAUUUGCGGAUGCAAAUAUAAUGGCUAUAGAACAUGCGGAUUUUGAAGGAAUUGAGCGUCUUGCACUUGUACUUGGCGGUGAGAUUGUAUCAACAUUCGAUAUGCCAGAAAACGUCAAACUUGGGUCAUGUGAUUUAAUUGAAGAAGUUAUGGUUGCUGAAGAUCGAUUUUUGCGUUUUUCUGGUGUACCAAUUGGAGAAGCUUGUACGAUUGUGUUGCGAGGUGCCACAGAACAGAUAUUGGAUGAAGCUGAACGUUCUUUGCAUGAUGCCCUUUGUGUUUUGGUCACUCAUGUGAAAGAAGCUAAAAUUAUUGCUGGGGCUGGAGCUGCGGAGAUCUUGAUGAGCAAUGCAGUUAUGGUGGAAGGUCAGAAGGUCCCUGGCAAAGAAUCGCUCGCCAUCGAGGCGUUCGGUCGUGCUCUUGCACAGCUUCCAACAAUUAUUUGCGAUAAUGCUGGUUUGGAUAGCGCUGAGAUUAUUUCUCACUUGCGAGCGCACCAUGCUAAUGGCAAUCAUCGGAUGGGUAUAGAUAUUGAUAGAGGUAUACCAGCUGAUGUUUUUGAUCUGGGUGUUAUUGAAUCGUUGAAUGUUAAAAUGUACAUGAUAUCAAGUGCUGCAGAGGCUGCAGAACAAAUACUCCGGGUUGAUAAUAUUAUAAAGGCUGCUCCUCGUAAACGUGUUCGUGAUCGAAGGCCUUGCUAA